AUGCAAGUCAUUGUUCCAGUCGAAUCUACCGCCGAGAUCGUUUUGGUUGACGUUGCAACUACCGCUCAGAAGAAAGCCAUGAAACGUCUGACAUGUCGGAAGUGUGAAGGUCACGGAUUGUAUGCGAUCUUGAAAGGACAUGCUGGCGUGUGCCCAUACAAGGAUUGCUCCUGUGGAACCUGCGCAUCUGUGAUGAGCAUGAGAGCUAAUGCUCUGAUCCGUCGAUUCCGUCAUCGUCAACCAGACAAAUCGAUGGCAGUGGUCAAGGCUCUUCGUUCAAAGAAUGGAAACAUGCGCUUGCGUAUCGUCGCCAGAAACGAUGAAGAACAAUUGGUUGAGUCGGAUGGAACUCUCGUUACCUACACGAAUGACAAAAAUGGUCAUCAAACCUAUACAACCUCGAUUCGUCGAAGCUCGAUAAUGACAACAACUACUGAUGACAGAGACAGCGUAAUUUCAACGCCACCGAGCACCAAUAACAGCACUCCAUCUGGAUCACCACCAUUGUUGUCUCCAUACGGAGAGAUGGAUAUUGGUCUCGAAACAAUGGCUAAUGCCGGAAUCGAUCAAGUGGCUAACUUGAUAAAAACAACUCUCAUUGGCCAACUUCUUCAAAAUCCAUCUGCCAUCACUCCUGCUCUCAUCUCACUCAUGCUUCAACCUCAGCAAUCGUUCGACCCAAUCAAUGUUCCAAUCGCUCCAACUAUGUUGUUCCCCGCUUUUCUGAACGGAAUCUCUGCUCCGUCUCUCUCCGUUUGA